UUGGGGCAUUUUCACUGGAUCGAAGCGCCUGAUAUCCCUUCCACCGAAGCCGCAUUGCCCAGUGAUCAGCCUGGAGAUUUUUGGUCGUACAAUAAAGAAACUCAGCAGUUCAUUGUAAGCCCUGAACCGGACGUUAACGUAGUGGAUCUGACGGACAAACAAUUGUGUUUGAUACUUGGCUCAGACGGAGUGAGCACUGUGAUGAGAAACAAUCAGUUGGUUCAGAUCGUGAGAACUUAUGAAAAACUGGGACCCAGCAAAGUAAUCAUUUCGUUUGUUUACAGGAUAAAACGGUAG